GAAGAAAUUGCACGUACUCUACGAGCACGCAGCCGGCUAUGGGGUGUUUAAAGUUCAGGAAUUCGAGGAAAUUGGGAUGAUUCUGCCUCAGUUAGAGGCUUCCAUAAAUGACCUCCCUAGAUUUAAUAGUAUUGUGAAGCUUGUUAGUUUUUCACCGUUCAAAACAGCUGUGGCUGCUUUAGAGAACAUCAAUGCAGUCUCCGAGGGUGUCUUGCCUGAAGAUUUACACAAGUUUUUGGAUGUAGCAGUCCCUAAGGGCAAAAAAGUAACUCUGGGCGUUUCUGAUCCUAAGUUAGCAGCUGCUAUUACUGAGGCUUUGGGUAUACAAUGCAGUCAUAUUGGAGUAGUUCCAGAAAUUAUCAGAGGCAUUCGCGCUCAUUUUCACAAUUUGGUAAAAGGCUUCACGGCUAAUAGCUCCGGUAUUGCCCAAUUAGGUCUAGGACAUUCGUAUUCUAGAGCUAAAAUAAAGUUCAAUGUACAUAGAGUAGAUAAUAUGAUUAUUCAAUCUAUUGCUUUACUUGACCAGUUGGAUAAGGAUGUCAACUUAUUUUCCAUGCGGAUAAGAGAAUGGUACUCGUAUUAUUUUCCAGAACUUAUAAAGAUUGUUCCUGAAAAUUACACUUUUGCAAGGCUGGCACAGUUUAUUAAAAACCGUAAAGACCUGUCUGAAGAUUCUUUAGAGGGUCUUGAAGCAAUUACCAUGGAUGCUGGAAAAGCUCAAGCUAUUUUAAUUGCAUCUAGGUCCAGUAUGGGUAUGGAUAUCAGUGAUAUCGAUUUGUUAAACAUUCAAAUGUUUGCUGCUAGAGUUAUAUCUUUGGCAGAUUACAGAAAACAACUAGCAAUAUACCUCAGAUCUAAAAUGUCUGAUGUAGCACCAAAUUUAGCAACUCUGAUUGGUGACCAAGUUGGUGCCAGGCUUAUAGCACAUGCUGGUUCUCUCACUAAUUUAGCUAAAUAUCCAGCUUCUACUGUUCAAAUUUUGGGUGCAGAAAAAGCUUUAUUCAGAGCAUUAAAAACCAAAGGUAAUACCCCUAAAUACGGAUUACUUUUCCAUUCAACAUUCAUUGGAAGGGCUGGCAGUAAAAAUAAAGGAAGAAUAUCAAGAUAUUUAGCAAACAAAUGCUCCAUAGCUUCAAGGAUUGACUGUUUUACUGAAACUCCUAAUAAUGUAUUUGGGGAAAAAUUAAGACAGCAGGUUGAAGAUAGAUUGAAAUUUUAUGAAACUGGAGAUGCCCCUAAGAAAAACAUUGAAGUUAUGCAAGAGGCUAUCCAAGAAGUCAGUCAAUUGGCUGCCGCAGAAAAGCAAAAGAAAAAAAAGAAGAAGCGCUCUGCAUCUGUGGCAUUUGGAGAGAAUGGCACUGAAGAGAAUGGCGUUGCAGAAAAUGGGUCAAGCAAGAAGAAAAAACAAAAAAAGUCAAGUGAAUCAAAUAACAGUUCAGAUGUCUGUCUAGAAAAUAUUGAGGCAGUUCAAGAAUCGCCAAAAAAGAAAAAGAAAAAGAAGAGCGAGUCAACAUCUGCUGAGGCUGAUAGUACUAUGGACGAAAGUUCCAAUACAAUAGAGGCAGUGGAAGGCACACCAAAAAAGAAAAAGAAGAAGAAGAGCGAGUUGAGAGCCGCUGAUAGUACUAUGCACGAAAGUUCCAAUACAAGUGCAGUUAAUGAUGUGAGUCUUGAAACUUCCAAAAAGAAAAAGAAGAAGAAGGUAUCAGAAUAA